AUGAGCGACGAAGAAGAUGGAUUUUGUGUCGUACAAGAUCGACCUUAUGAUGAAUCCUUGGAUGUUGUGGAUGAUGAAGAUGUAGCUAGUAUAUAUACACCCGUACCAUCUACUAAAAAGCCUCCAGUUAUUAAUAUUGCAACUGUACACCGUGGAAAUCAUUUAAAUUUUACAGCACCAGAUUCCAAUAUGAAUGCAGGCAUGGGACAAAUUUUUCGAGAACGACCUAUACCUAUCCCGCAACGAUCACCUGUUAGUCCUACAGGUGAUCAUCACGAUGAUGAUGAUAAUGAUAAUGAUGAAACACAAGAAGAAUCUGAGUCCGAUGGUGCAUCAUCACAAAUGUCAAAUGGUGCAACUAGACAACGAGAAUAUAAACAACCAGAUACGGAUGCUUACGAUCCUAAAAUGUAUCAAGAUUUACCUGUACCAUUAGAAGUGAAAGAUUUAUUUAAAUAUAUUGAUAAAUAUCAACCACGAGAUAUUGUACUUGAAACAAAAUUAAAACCAUUUAUUCCUGAAUAUGUACCAGCUAUUGGUGAUAUUGAUGCUUUUCUUAAAGUACCGAGACCUGAUGGUAAAGUAGAUAAUCUUGGUCUUAUUGUUCUUGAUGAACCAUCAUCAAAACAAAGUGAUCCACAUGUACUUAGUCUUAAAAUGAGAUAUACAUCAAAACAAUCUAUUUCAUCUACUUUACCAACUAAUAUAAGAACUGUAGCAAAUGCCGAUAAAAAUCCUAAAGCUAUCGACGAAUGGAUUACUAAUAUAAGUAAAUUACAAAAAGCUAAAACCACCGAUACUGUUCAAUAUCGAAAACCUAUGCCAAAUAUUGAUGAUUUAAUGCAAGAAUGGCCAACGCAAUUUGAAGAUCUUCUUAAAGAGACGUCUGUACCAUCUGCUGAUAUUGAUACAGAUUUAACAACAUAUACAGAUAUUGCAUGUGCACUUCUUGAUAUUCCAGUAUAUGAAUCUCGUAUUCAAUCAUUACAUGCUCUAUUCUCACUUUAUCUUGGAUUUAAAAACUCCGAACAUUUCAAAGCAAUGAUGGAUGUCUCAGCACCAUCUUUUCGUCGUGGCGGAAAUAAUACUGAAGCUGAUCAUAUGAUUAUUGAUUAA